GGCUAAGGCAUCCAAUGAAAACCCGUGACGUCAGACAUAACCAGAGAAAGCUUCGUUGUUGGGCUGCAGCGUUCCGCUCUGAAGUAAACGUCGUAAAAUACUAAAUACGCUAAAAGACCCAGUCUAUCCACUCGAGAGACAAGAAUAUUUUCUCCCGCCGCACGUGGGCCUCGUGAUUGGCGCUCUGCCUUGGUCACGCUAUGGCGCGGGCCUUGUGGGCGGCGCUACGGAUGGUGUCCUGUCAGGGGGCCGCCGCGCUAACGCCAAACGUCGCGGCUAACAGUGGAGCCGCCGCGCCGUGGACCAGGCCUGUCCGCACCUUUGCCAGCUGCAGCGAGGUGAGACCCCCACAGACGGCUGUCAGAAUGCCUGAGAUGACCACAGACCACCUGGACGAGAAGCAGGUUCAGCUGCUGUCUGAGAUGUGCAUCCUGAUCGACGAGGACGACCGCAAGGUCGGAGCCGACACAAAGAAGAACUGUCACCUCAACUCCAACAUCGACAAAGGGUUAUUACACAGAGCUUUCAGUGUCUUCAUUUUUAACAGUGAAGAGAAGCUGCUCCUACAACAGAGGUCUGAUGCAAAAAUCACUUUUCCAGACUGUUUCACAAACACAUGUUGCAGUCAUCCCCUACACACUGACAGUGAGCUGGAGGAGAAGGAUGCAAUAGGAGUGAGGAGAGCAGCUCAGAGGAGACUUAAAGCUGAACUGGGCAUCCCCAUAGAACAGGUGACUCCAGAUGAAAUGACGUAUCUAACAAGAAUCCACUACAAGGCCCAGUCAGACGGUGUUUGGGGUGAACAUGAGAUUGACUACAUCCUUUUCAUGCAGAAGGAUGUGGAAUUAAAUCCAGACCCUAACGAGAUCAAAAGCUACUGUUACGUGAGCAAAGAGGAGCUGAAGGAGAUGUUGGACAAGGCCAAGAGCAGCGAGGUGAAGAUUACGCCCUGGUUCAGCCUUAUCGCAGAGACCUUCCUGUUUAAGUGGUGGGAGAACCUGCAGAACCUCAAGCCUUUCAUGGACCAUGAGAGUAUCCACCGCAUGUAACCAACCCUAACGCUACACUCUAAUGGUAAUCUUUUGUCCCUUCAACGCUCACCUGAUGGACAAGCACAACCUGCUGUGCUGUUAGGAGAGCGCCAGAAACGAUCAGACUGUCCGCUUUAAUAAAGGCGGUGAAACUAAUUCCCACAGAGAAGACACCAAGAAUGUUUUUGUCACGCUAAACAUAGGACAUUAUGUGGUUGGUGCUAGGUUUAAAGUGCAAAACAGUUAUCAUUUGUGAUAAAAUAAUGUUAUUAAUUCACAGACUUAAUACCUAAUAAGUUGUUUUAUUAGGCAGAAUAUACUGUAGAUAUUGACAGUGAAAAGAAUAGACUAUUUUAUUAUUUUCACAUCAGUGAACUAGCUUUUUGUUUAUACUCAAUGCAUUUACACAAUAAAAAGUUUGAUUAUG